AGCUUGCUGAGCUGAGAGCACCUAUUUCUCGUUCCCAUUUCUUUUUUCAGCCUCAAACCCGAUAACAAAAGGGGCUUUCCGCCGCCGCCGCCGCCGCCGACGACGACAAUGGCAAGCCUCCUCCGGCGCUCCGCCACCCCGGCGCGCCAGGUCCUCCUCCUCCCGCGCCACCUCGCCGCUGCCGGCGCCGCCCCCGCCUCGUCCCGCUCCCUCUCCCAGUACCACCCCCGCGACGGCAGCCCUCGGUGCGACCCGCUGGGCACGCCGGUGAACUGGGGAGUGACCAUUGUCCCGGAAAGGAAGGCCUUCGUGGUGGAGAGGCUGGGCAAGUACCACAGGACGCUCACCCCCAGAAUCCACCUGCUGGUGCCCGGAGUCGACAGAAUCGUCUUCGUCCACUCGCUCAAGGAGCAGGUGAUUCCCAUUUCCGACCAGUCCAUCCUCACCAGAAACGGCGUCUGCCUGCAGAUCGACGGCGGACUCUUCGUGAAGAUUUUCGAUCCAUACCUCGCUUCCUAUGGUGUGGAGAACCCGAUUUCUUGCACAAACAACAAUGAGUGAGCUUGGGAAAAUGACAUUGGACAAGGCUUUUAAGGAGAGAGAUGCAUUGAAUGAGAACAUUGUGUACUGAAACAGGAGUUGUCAUUUGCAAAGUUAUGAUCAGAAGAAGAAAAUGGUGAGAUCUAAGGCCAAAGAGCCUGCCGGAAGAACAUCAACAGCAAGCCAUGUCUCCCUUGGAUAGUGAACUGUGUGAUCUUCGGGAAGGUUGCGCUCACUACACUUAUGAGGGCACAGUACACCUGGAAAAGGCCCUCCUCGAUAUUUUAACUUCAAACCAUUCUGAACAUUGCGCACUUUGUCCGAAGGAGGAGGAGGAGCAGCAGAAGAAGAAAGGAACACUUUGUCCAAAGGAGCGCAGCAGCAGCAGCAAAGAAGAAGAAGAAGAAGAAGAAGAAGAAGAAGAAGAAGAAGAAGAAGAAGAAGAAAGGAAGCGGUGCUGCCAAGGUGCAGAAAAAGAUCGAUAUGUGGGUCUGUUUGACCUGCAAUGGGCAUUUUUGUGUGGCAGCACUGAUCGAGGCAAACAGCCACAGUCGAGUACAUGCCAAGGAGACACAGCAUUGGUGGGCUGCAAAUUAUAGUGAUCCAUCAACUGUGUAUUGCUUCAAAUGUGACCGGGAGGUACCGGUUAAGAUUCCCAACCUUGAUAAGAAUGUUAGGACCUCUGAAAUUGAUUUGACGUUUAGGAUUCAAGGGCUACGGAGUCUUGGAACUGAGUCCCCCUUCAAUGCGAUAUUGCAGAAUCUGCUCUCCUUGAAAUCACUGCGCAAGGAGAUGCUAAAAUUAGAGUUUCCAAGAACAGCAACCAUUCCUAUAGCUCUUAGGAAGCUAUUUGUAAUGACAAGUUGGUCUGCUGUAAGAGGUGCACCUGAUCAAGAGGGCCUUCUGUCA